AUGGUGAAAGAAACAGGACUCUAUGAUAGAUUGGGAGUUGCACCAAGUGCCUCUGAUAACGAGAUCAAGAAGGCUUAUAGAAAGAUGGCUUUGAAGUACCAUCCUGAUAAACCAACGGGUGAUACUGAGAAGUUCAAGGAGAUCUCUGAAGCGUUUGACAUCUUGAGCGACGAGAAGAAGCGUGAGGUGUACGACACUUAUGGUUUGGAGGCUGCACGCCACGGCGGCCCACAGUUUGAUCCAAAUAUGGGAGGUGGAAGACCUGGUGGCUCUGGCGGGUUCAGCUCUGGAGGUUCCUACGGUGGAUUCGACUUUGCCGAUGCUUCCAACAUCUUUGAACAGUUUGCGCGUGCCGGUGGCAUGGGCGAUGACGGAGCCUCCUUCCACUUUUCGAGCGGUGGAAGUCCAUUUGGCGGAAUGGGUGGUGGAUUUGGCGGCAUGCCUGGUGGAUUUGGUGGUAUGGGCGGUGGUAGCGGUAUGGGCGGCGGUGGCUUCAACCGCCGUAGAGAGCCUGAGCCUGAAAUCCAACAGAUCCAGCUACCUGUCAGUUUGGAAGACCUUGCCAAGGGUACCACGAAGAAGAUGAAAUUGAACAGAAAAGGUGUUAACAACUCCAAGGAGGAGAAGAUCAUUGAAAUUGACAUCAAACCAGGUUGGAAGGAGGGAACCAAGAUCACAUUCAACAAUGAAGGUGAUUGGACCCCAUCUGGACGCCGUAACACGAUACAAUUCAUUUUAAAGGAAAAACCACAUCCAUAUUUCAAAAGAGAUGGUAACGAUUUGAUCUACAGCUUGCCUCUGACGUUCAAGGAAUCAUUGUUGGGAUUCGACAAGAUUGUGGAGAGUGUUGAUGGAAGAAGAAUCCCAUUAUCAAAGACAAUGCCAGUACAACCAGAUUCUGUACAGACAUACCCUGGCUUAGGUAUGCCAAUCUCCAAGCAGCCGGGAACAAGAGGUGACUUGAAGGUCAAGUAUAAAAUUGAUUAUCCUCUUACAUUGACCCCACAGCAGAAAGAAGCCAUCUCUCAAAACUUUUAA